AGCUAACGGACGAGAUUUCGAGUGGAAAUCGGGACGGCCCUUCGGCAGGAGACCUGACGCUCUCCUCGCCGACUUCCAGCCAAUCGUCACAAUUUGUAGAGUCAGAAGACUCUGAAUCGCUCAGUGCAGACAAAUGGCGACUGGAAAACGGUUGUACCCAUAUUCUUCUAAUGCACAUGCUUAUAAUCAUGACGACGGCUGCAACAGAUGCCCAGGCAGCCAGGAUUAGGUACCCCGCAGAACGAUAUCGGCAGGAUCGCAGGUGGCAGCCACCAGAGGAGAGCGGUGAUGUCAAUGGUGGCCUCGUUAAAACAUAUCUAUUUGGAAUAAUGGAGUCUUCAAGAGCCAGAUCGCUCGGUUCCCCCAGAAUAGCCGUUGCGGAGAAUAUGGUGUUGGCAGCAGGUUACACGGCUGUUCAACUUGCAGCUGUUCUAAGUGAACGUAACAACUAG